ACAUGGCCGCUCUCAGCAAAAUACCUUACAACUGCUACGAGAUAGGUCAUACCUGGGACCCGUCGUGUGUGCAGUCUGCUGUGGAUGUCACGAGGAGUGCUCUGGAGGUCUCCUUCAAAAUAUACGCCCCCCUUUACCUCAUAGCAGCUGUUCUAAGGAGAAGGAAGAAGGAUUACUACUUAAAGAGGCUUCUGCCAGAGAUCCUAUGGUCUACCUCUUUCCUCACUGCUAAUGGAGGUCUCUACAUUGUUUUCUUCUGCAUUCUCAGGAAAAUUUUUGGAGGGUUCUACUCCUGGUCUGCCGGCUUUGGCUCAGCAUUGCCUGCCUCCUAUAUUGCAAUCCUCCUGGAGCGCAAGAGCAGGAGAGGACUGCUGACAAUAUACAUGACAAAUCUUGCCACUGAGACUUUGUUCCGCAUGGCAGUGACGCGAGGGAUCAUCAAGCCCAUCAAACAUGGCGAGGUGCUCCUGUUCUGCAUAACUGCAUCGCUCUACAUGUUCUUCUUCAGGAGUAAAGAUGGCCUCAAAGGCUUUGCGUUCUCUGCAUUAAAGUUCAUCAUUGGCAAAGAAGAGAUUCCCACUCACUCUGUCAUGGCAGAACACAUCUACACAAGGCCCCUUGAGAGGAUAGCUGCUGUAGAGACUGAGGACUCGCGGGCCUCAGCAGAAAGGUCCAGGAGGAAAACUCUGGUAGCCUCCACCAGGGAACUGCUAGAAUCAAUCUGCAAAAAGGGUCCACGACACAGAUGUUGUAAACAUUACCAAGACAACUGCAUUUCCUACUGUGUCAAAGGUUUUGUCAGGAUGUUUAGUAUUGGCUACCUGAUUCAGUGUUGUCUUAAAGUGCCCUCAGCAUUCAGGCAGUUGUUCUCUAAGCCCUCACGGCUCCCCUCUCUCUUCUACAACAAGGAGAACUUCCAGCUGGGGGCCUUUCUAGGAUCUUUCGUCAGUAUCUACAAGGGAACAAGCUGCUUGCUGCGCUGGCUGCGUAACAUUGACGAUGAGCUCCACGCACUGAUUGCUGGCUUCCUGGCUGGUAUGUCAAUGUUCUUCUACAAAAGCACGACAAUAUCCAUGUACCUCUUCACGAAGCUGGUGGAGACGUUGUACUUCAAGGGCAUUGAGGCCGGGCGGUUCCCUUACUUUCCUCAUGCAGACACGAUCCUCUAUGCCAUCUCCACUGCCAUCUGUUUCCAGGCUGCCGUGAUGGAAGUGCAGAACCUCAGGCCUACGUACUGGAAGUUUCUGCUGCGCUUAACUAAGGGCAGGUUUGCUCUGAUGCACAGACAGCUGCUAGAUGUGUUUGGGACUCAGGCCUCCAGAGACUUUAAAGGCUUCGUGCCCAAACUGGACCCUCGUUUCGCCACAGUGCUUCCGCCAGGAGCCGACAUCCAGCUCGGAUGACUGGGACCAGGCUCUGUGAGGGGCUUCAGGGUUACUUCAACAGGAAAUGGACAGUUCUGGCUGUUUUUUCUGAGUAACUGAAUGAUUUUUUUUUAAAAGGUGUUUUAACAGCUCAGGAGUGGCAAUGUUCGUGUGAUGAGACGGGGUACGCUUUGGAGGAUGCUAGAGCCCAGGGUCUGUCCAAAGCCGUGAGUGUCAAGUGUGGUGUUGCACAAGCACAUUGACUGACUGGAUUGUAUGGAUACAGGUAACUGGCAAAAUAAAUGAAUAAUUUGCAUCAUGCGUCAUUUUGUCUAAAUUCAGUAAAACCCAAACUUGGUUUAUCAGAAAAUAAAAGUGACGACACAUUCCUUUCAUACUUUCACCAUGAUGUUUCUUCAUUUUGCAAGUUACCUGUAGGUUUGUACUGACUCACCUCAGUUUGGUUAUUUGGACGGUUGCUUUCACAUCAGAGGGUAAAACUCACUGACUCAUCUUUUUUGGAAUAGGCACAGUGGCAGCAGAUUUUUGACUGAUUUCAGAGGAGAAGGAAUUUGAGGUGAUACUCCCUGAUCAUUUCUGAAUGUGAACUUUUUCAGGCAAUGGAUGCAAAUGAUGAUAUAUAUAUAUAUAUAUAUAUUGAUAUAAUUAUGUAGCCUUAUCAAAUAUUUUAUUCUGUAUUAGACAAUGUGAGGUGUGUUUAGAUUGUGGUCUGAUGUGAAAAUAUGAUGUGAAACACAGAAGUGGAAAGUCAGCACUUUUAAUCAGUUACUUCAGAUGAUUUUUUUUUCUCACUUAUUUCUAAAUACAGUUUUUUCCCAAAAUUUCUAUUUAAUUCAUUUUACAAACAUGAUUGCAGUUGAGCGGGUCACCUUCAUAGACUCUUAGUGGGGUAAAAGAAGAAAUGGAGGACCAUAACGAAUUUGGAUGUUAAUUUGGGGGUAACAAAUCUGAACAAACAGGUUUGGUUGCAUAUCAGUUUACAUUCUCUAAUUUACUUUUAUUACAGCUGAUUAAGUGGGAAAACUACCAAUAAUCUCACUUUGAAGACACAAAAACUGAAUCGAUUGUUUGUUUAAUUUGUAUUGAGACUAUUAAGUUUACUUACACACAGUAAAGCAGGGUAUUGGGUGAAAUCAUGUAAAGGCAGGAAAUCAGCCAAUGCAUUUAGAGUACGUGCAGAGGACUAAGAUGAUUACUUCAAAAUUUGCAUUACAAGUCUGCAGAUUGUCAGCAUUUCUCCAGUAGUGUAUUUUUAAAAAGAGGUAUAUUUUAAGUCGUGUUGUAUAAGAGACAUGCAGUCAUAUGUUAUACUGCAGCUGAAGAAAUGAUGUGGUCAGAGGUUGAUGGUGCAGCGACAACUUGGGAGUGAACAGUUUUUCCAUGCUAGUACUACUACUACUCUUUCUGCUACAGCAUACUAGUACUUUGUCUCUUCCACCUCUGGUUUCUAGUAAAAUACAUGUGUACCAUCUAUUGAAAGCAGAAACUGUUUAAAUGUCAAAGAAAAGGUUUGAUCAGACAAUAGCCCUCUAAGUUUCAAAACAGCCUUUAAUUUGCAAAUGUGUACAUCACUGUACAACACAGAAGAGGUGAGUCAAAGUGAUGCACAGGAUAAAUUGCGAACGACUAAAUUACAGAUCCAAGUCUCUAAAGUCUUGGUUCUGAACCACAAAAUAUGUUGUCCGCACAGGUUGCAAAAAGACGCUGCUACAGUCAAACUGAUCCAUCCUUUUCAUUUGAUUCUGUGGGGCUGCUGAUUUCAAAAUGCCCUCAAAAUAAAAUAUUUAGUAAUUCAGGCCAAACACAGACCCAAACGCAGUUCAAAUUAAAUAUGUGGUUUCAUAUGACCUUCAAAAUAAUGGUGUGGCCUGCUUGCAUUUUAAUUAGUACUUACUGUCAGUUCCAAGGUGAACCCUGCCACUUAAAAUCCACACUGAUCGCAACUUUGUUUACUGAAGAAUUUCUUGUCACAUUGAAAUGUGAAAUGAAGGUAGCAAGGAGUCUGUUUCUGUGAAUAAAAUGCGCACAGCUCAGUCUGGUUUUUAUUAUCAUUUUUGGUUGCUGAGAGAUGAGAAUGAGUUCAAAUAUUGUCAUGUGCACUGAAAAGCACGUGCAACAUCUUUUACUAAUCGGUAAAUCGUCAUAACGGUUCUGCAGUUCAUGCAAUAAUGGGGACAGCGGGUACUUCUGUGGUUCCUGUAAAAUGUUUGUACUCAGCCCCAAGUGGGCCAUUCAUGACAGCUUCAUUGCAGAUGUGAAAUGAUUGCACCACAAUUACACUUCAAAGUGGUUCAGUCUUUUUUUGCACAUCUCAUAUUUCUGCCAGUAGUUUACUGUUUAUUGUUUACUUCAGAUUUCGCAGAUUUUUCGGUUCUUCAGCCCAACCCAGCUCGACACACCUGAGCUCCAUAAGCCAUGAUUGUUUCAAAUAUACUGAUAUAUCAAAUCUAUCAUGAUAAUACAACCAUGCACAUGUUUUUGAUUUAUGUAAGAAGGGUGAUUAUUAAAAUAUUUUUUUGAUUCCAAGUGCAUGACUUGUUUGA